AUGGACCAAGAAGCGAAUGAAUUCGCCCUAUUUACUUUUCAAUUCGGGAGAGACCAUCCUGAACGUGAAAUGGACCUUAACGAACUAUUUCAAAAGUACAAUGAGGCAAAGCAAGUAACCCAGUUGCGUGGUGGAGUCGAGGUGAAAGAAUUUGACCAUGAUUAUACUACUGUAUUAAAGAGCGCGUUUAAGAAUGCUUUGGUAAAACCUCGAGAGGACUAUGUCGAC